GCCGUUCCCGGGAGGCUCAGGGGUCAAGGGCGCAAUUUUCCGUAGACAGCGAACCCCGCAGUCCAGCCAAACCCAGGUCGGAAUCAACAGCAGGGGUCAGCAGUGGCACGUGACACUGCGCAUGCGUGCACACCCCAAGCUCCGCCCUUCAGGUGACAUCAUGGCACAUCCACCGUCGAAUCCAACCAACGUUGAUUCAGAAUUGGUCAGUUCUCGUUCCACUUUCCGCCCCUUAUCACGGCUUCCGUUUCCGGUUUGACGGAUGCCUUGGGUGUAAGGAUGAUCGGAGACAUACUGCUGUUCGGGACGCUACUAAUGAACGCCGGGGCUGUGCUCAACUUUAAACUGAAAAAGAAGGACACACAAGGCUUUGGGGAAGAAUCGAAAGAACCCAGCACAGGAGACAACAUCCGAGAGUUUUUACUGAGCCUGAGGUAUUUCCGGAUCUUCAUCGCACUGUGGAAUGUAUUCAUGAUGCUCUGCAUGAUCGUAUUGUUCGGCUCUUGAGCCCUGCACUGAUCCCAGAGCUCACCUGCUAGACAUCAAGGCUCCAUUUCUGUUUCUGAUGACUUCAAGAAUCUUCUCAUUGGAAAACCAGGGACCUUCUGAGAAGGCCCAAGCUCAUUUGGGUGGAGAAUGUCCAUCUCUCAGCCGCCUGACCCUCGUCAGCCACAGUUCCACCUGUGCUUUGCAGUUUCAGGAAGUCCUGUAAGCCACAGUGACAAAGUCAGGCUUUGUUAGGAGAAAGACCUAGAUCUUUCCCUUGUCCUGGCAUUCCAGCUUCUCCUGGCCCAGCUUCUCCAGAAACCUGACCUGGGUUAUUGGUUGGCUUGAUGGUGAUCGUUUUGAUUUGAGUUUCUUUCUUUCCUUCUUUCUUUCUUUCUUUCUCUCUCUCUCUUUCUCUUUUUUUUUUGAAACAGGAUUUUUUUUCUGGUUAUCCCUGGCUGUUCUGGAACUCACACACCAGACUGGCCUCAAACUCAUAGAGAUCCGCCUGUCUCUGCCCUCCCGAGUGCUGGGAUUAAAGGUGUGUGCUGGCCACUCCUGGCCUUGCACAGAUUGUCCUUAAUUGAUGUGAUUCAGGCACCGGCUUGCAGGGCCAGCCACGACAGACAGUCUAGCAGCCUCUUUUGCACUACCAGGUCCGUGCUGGUGGACCCGGCAGUCUGGGGUCAGUGAGGUCUUACUUCCAAACAUUUCCUCCUCCCCCCAAUGACUGGGUCCACCUGGGGCAGCCGAAGUCUGCUCCAGCACUUAGAGGAGCAGGUCCCCCUCCCUUGGGACACCAGCCUCUUCUUUAGACACUAAGCUGUUAGCCAUAACAUACUCAGCUUCUCCAGAAGAGGCCUGUGGAAGAGGUGCUCGCGUUGAUGUUAGCAGACACCUCUCUGUGCUUUCAAGCCGCUUGUUAAUAAAGUGACUUUGAGGCCACCCCCUUUAUUGUUGCUUGGUGACCAUGACUUUAUUGCUUGUGAUGUUGGCAGCACACUAAGGUUUGGGUUUCUGGGUCUGUCUUUGAAGGAGGUGACCUCAAGCUUGAGGUGCAUGAGGUUCAGAGGCAACUACGAUAUCAGCUCUGAGAUGCAUUGGAUCUAGAGGUGGUCAUGACGUCAGUGCUGAGAUGAGGGACUUUAAUCAGCAUCUGAAGGCUGUAGCAGCUAGUUUUCGAUGAGGCUUUCUUUUUGGUUUGGUUUCUUUUCAAGAUUGCUCUAUUUUAUGUGUAUGGUAUUCUGCUGCCUGCAUGCCUGCAUACAUGUAGAUGCAGGGCUGGCAGAGGCCAAAAGUCCUCUAAUCUGCAGCUGGAGUUAUAGCCAGUUGUGAACUAUCAUGUGGGUACUGGGUCUUUUGAGAAUGACCUGAGCCCCUUUUUGGCUUUUUUUUUUUUUUAGACAGGCCCAAAUUCAACUGUGUGGCAGAUGACCUCGAACUCCUUAUCUUCUGAAUAGUGAGACGAGAUCCCAGUUGAGUACUACCACACCAGCUUUUUUUGCUGGCUGGUUGGUUAGUCUUUGAGACCAUCUCGAUGCAAUCUGUGUUGACUGAGAACUUUCCAUUCCCCUGCCAGCCUCUUUAGUUCUAGAAUCUCAAGUGUGUACCACCAACCCUAGCCAUACUAGCAUUUAACCCCAGGUUCCCCAGGGACUAUGCAAAAAAACUCUGGUAAUGUUGGACCUGGGUCAAGUCUAAGUUCAGACUGCCAGCUGCUGCAGACAGCAAUUGUUGAUUGCAUCAUUUGCACCCGCAGCAUGCCCGAGCCUACCCACUUGCCUAGCAUUAUAACAUGCCACUCUGUUGGCUGAUGUGCCCAGCCUUGGAUAUCUGGGACGCAUUUCUGCCUUUCUCAGCUUGGGACUGUAGUUUCAGGGAAAAAGGCUUCCGUUCAUUCUGGAGAGGAACUGCUGAAAAAGAAUGCUAUCGUAGGGUUUGUACUUAGCUGCAGGAUUUCCCUCCAGAGAACUAUUCUCUCCUUAAUAAGUUCUGAUAAAGUGAUUUUGGACCACUGUGUGUGUGGAAAAUUGAAACACAUGAAUCUUUUUUUGUUGUUGUUCUGGGCUUGGGCCUUUUGAUGCCACUGAACCAUAUCAUCAGCUCCACAGAUGUGUCUGUUUAGAAUGUUGUUCAGUUCAGAAACUUCUCAUGGUUGGAGAUGUAGCUCAGGUAGAGUGACGUAGUAUAAUUUCACAGGAAAGGACUGAGAGUGGCUCAGGGGUGGAGUCCCUGCCUAGAGUUCCCCAGUGAGGGGCUGAGGUGUGUGGCUCAGGGGUGGGGUCCCUGUCAGGACCAUUUGAGAGUCUCAAGUCAGAGGUUCUAGAAGCUGUUAAGCAGUAGCUCUUUCCCUUGCUGUAACCAGGCAUAUGUAACCUGAGGUGACAACCCCACUAUGUGCUCCUGAAAGUCAAGCCUGUUACCCAACCUUAUCACUGGGAUAUGGAGUUUCAGUUAAAUUGUCUCUCACAUUUGGAGCUACAAAAUAUGAAGUGCUGUCUUCUGCCUCCUACACCGCCCAGCAUAGCCUGAGCAAACCAACCUUUUUUUAUCCCUUCUUUACAACUCUGACAAACACACAGGUCAAGUUGUACACAAGUGACCACACUGGGAUGCUGCAGAGUGGAGGACCAGGUUGUACAGGGUCUGCCUGGUCACAUAUACAGCCACAGGCAUAUGUUUGUGUGCAAAUAAAAAACAAAAGGAUCAC